CACAAGAGUGCGAAACCUUCAGGCGUUUCUUACAUAACCCCUUUAGCAUUGCAAAGUUAACAUGGAUACCCGCAUACGACGACAAAGGCUGGGUGGAUAACAUCCUAACUGUGAAGCCCAUUCCUUUGCCGAGAAUAACGCUAAACGCAUUAUGGCAAGGCAGUGCAUAUAUGUUGUCAGUCGCGGAAACUAGGUCUUCGCCGAACCUUGGCUGGUCAGGUUUCUGUUUCGCCGUGUAGUGCAAGGCUGCCUCCAGGGAGCCCAGUAAGGGGCUCCUCAAUCGUGCUCAGUAACAUCAUUCUGCAGUAAGCUAUUGUAGGACAUGUGCACUCCAGCGGUUAUACGCCCCCUUUCAUAAAGUAGGAUGCACUUCAGGACAUGAGCAAUUGGGGUCAACGGGACGACCCGUCCCAGCUUAGCAGUGGGGAACGGGUUGAACAUGUCGCAGCAGAGCUGCAAGCUGCUUUCGGAGGGCCGGCAUAUGACGCUCAGAGGGUGUUCAGCCUGCUAUGUGUACUUCGGCAGCAGUUCUCAGAGCAAGCUCCUAAGAACUGGCCAGCGGAGACCGUAAAGCGGCUAUGGCAGAGUAUCAUAGGCGCGCUGCGGGUGGCCCAAGCACCGGAGGUCCAGGUCGCUGCAUGCGCUGCUGUGGAGGCUCUCGGGCAGAGCUGCUCCUCUUGCACAGACCUGGAGCGUGAGCCCGCCGCGGUGGCCGAUGCCGUGGCCUGCGUGGUGUCGACGCUGCGUGGCGCCUCCAGCCGGCAGGUGCAGGCGGCUGCUGUGAAGGCGCUGCUGAGCCUCAGCGGCUGCCUCAACUGCCGCUGCUACUAUGACAAGGCCACACAGGAAGUACUUGGAGAGCAGGGUGCCGUACAAGCGUUGGUUGCCGUACUCCCUCGUUUCCUGGCUGAAGCAACGGCUGCCAGCACGACAUAUCCAGAUAUGGACGGGCAGCGAGCAGCGGCCGCUGGAAAGGCCGCAGCUCAGGGCGCUAGUGAGGGCGCUGAAGGGGGAGAGGAUGCAGGGGACGCCAGCAGUGGCAGUGGCAGCAGCAGCAGCGGACAGGCAGUCGUGGCGGAUAUCUUUCGAGCGCUGCACUUCACUUGCUUGCUGAACCCGGCCAACACGGCUCGACUGUUGGAGGAGGGCGGAUUUCAGCUGGUGACGCAGGGCCUCGCCACCCUGGGUCGAGACCUGAACGUCUUGGAGCACGGAGCCAUGCUGCUCGCGGAGAUGGGCUGCAGUAGGGCGGCUGCUGCUGCUGCGGCUGCAGGAACAGUAGCGGGAACGACAACUGCAGCAGGAGCAGCGGACGGGGCACGGGGUGCAGCAGCCGCCGCAGCAGCUGCAGAAGGAGGAGGCGGCAGCAGCGGUUCGGCAGGGGCGGCGGUGCAGGACGUGGAGGAUGCUAUCGUCACAGUCGCCAAUAUUGCGAGGUUGCAGCUCCAGGACAAGUACAUCGAGGUAGCUCGGGCGGCCGUGUGGGGCCUGGGACGGCUGGCGAGUUACUCCCUGGGCCCCGCCGCUGCUGCCACUGCCGCCGCAAAGUCCGGAUCCGCUGAGGGACCUGGUGUGGAAGGUGGUGUUGGUGCUGCUGCGGGUGUUUGCGGGGCGCUUGCAGGUCGCACCUGGCCGCUGCUGUGCGACCUGGUGCUGCGGGUGGUGGUGUCCAUGCUGCAGAGCUGCCACAUGCAGGCUCGAAGACUGUGUUCCCAAUUAACAUAUGGUUGGCUCCCGGCUGCUACUGCUGCUCCGCCGCUGCUCUGCAUGCAGGAUGACCCGCUGGUGAAGCACUGCCUGGACUACAUCGCCGUGGUCGCCGCAGCAGCCGCUCAACUGCAGUCGGACCCCCCUGCGGCGGCAGCAGCUGCUGCUACCGGCGACUCCCUCGCAGCUAACCUCGCAGGGCCGGAAGGACCCGAGGGCGCUGCACUGCUCCCCUUGCUUCGCCUGGCCGCGGAGGCGGUGCUUGCAACCGCACGAGCCGCAUGCGACAUACGCCUGCAGGCCGUCGUGCUCCGUACCCUGCAUGUGCUGCUUUACCGCUUCCCCGGUUGCGUGGCGCUGCAGCUGGGGGCCUCAACAAAGCUGGCGGAGGUGGUGGGGCAGGUGGUGCGGCUGGGCGUGACGGCGAGACAGACCCUGGAGCAGCAGCAGACGGCACAGCAGCAGCAGCAGCAACCCCCGCAUGGGCACCCCCAGCAGCAGCAGGCGGCGGCGCAUGUGCUUCAACAACACGUGUAUGCCUCGAAGGACCUCUUCCUGGUCAAUCUGUUCUCCUUGACGGUGUUGGGGGCCGUAACGGAUGCGUCUGCGGCGCCGGCAGUAGCAGCGGCCAAUGGCGUGCCAGUGUCCGCGUAUCAGGGUCACGUGAUCGCUUGCCUCGCGGGUGUUGUACGACACCUGGCUGAGGGCGGCAGCGGCGGUGGCGGCAGCUCCUUGUCGUUUGAUGAUGAUGACGAGCCGCGAUCUGGCGGCGUCGGCGGCGGCGUUGUCAACAGCAGCAGCAACAGCAGCAACAAUGCGACGCACCUUACCAUUGGCUGCUGCCGUUACGCCUGCCAUUGCUGCUUCAUUCACGACCAAGUCCGUGGUGCGGACGUGCUGGCUGCGGCUCGCGCUGCUGCUGGGCUGCUGCUGUGGUGCGGGGGAGCAGAGGGCGUUAAUGCGACGGAUCGCGAGGGCUACGGCGCGCUACACUUCCUGGCAGCGGGCGGCCUUGCGAAGCUGUUGUCUGCGUUUAUUGAAGCGGCGGGGCCGGGUCUGGACUUUUUGCGUCGCACGCGUGCAGGAACGAACGCGUUGCAGUUGGCGCGAGGACGGAAGCACUUGGCGGCCGUGCAGGUUCUGGAGGCCGCAACGGAGUCUGCUGCCCGAGCUGCUCAAGACGCGCUGCUAAGAGAGCUGGAGGCGGAGGAGGGCGCUCAGGGCGUUUCAUCCGCCCGGCGGUCCGGGUCCGCUUCCGCAGCGGCUGGUGGCGGCGCCGGAAGCGGCAGCAGCGGCAGCAGCCGGCAACCCAAGAGCUCCUCUGCGGGCGGCAGCCAGGACUCUUCGAGCUCGCAGCAGGGCUCCCCGUCGCCUGGGGGGGCUGCUGGUGGAGGUGGUGGUGGCGGUGGUGGCGGUUCGCCUUCUGCUGAGGGCGAGGAGGCGCGAAGGGCGAGGGAGGAGAUGGAGCGGAAGCGCAGGGCUGCUGAGGAGGCUUACGAGGCCGCCCUGGAGCAGCGGCGCCGGCAGCUCGAGGACGAGGCUCGGCAGCAGGCGGCUGAGGAGGCGCGUCUCAUCGAGCUGGCCCAGGCGGAGAGCCUGCGCAUGGCUACACCGCCGCUGCCUGUGACGGAGGCACCCCAGGCGGCGGAUGCUGCUGCUGCAGAGGUGGCCAAGGCGGCUGCGCAGGAGGCGGACAGCAACGCAGCAGCUCUGCAGCAGCAACAACAGCAGCAGCAGUUGAUGUAUCAGCAACAUCAACAGCAACACCAACAGCAACAGCUGGAGCAGCAGUUGCAGCAGCGGAUGAACGAUGCUGCCUUCCAGCAAGCGCUGCACCUGCAACAACAGCAGCAGCAACAACAGAUGCUGCAGUCCUCGCUGUUCCCGGGCUCUGCCGGCAUGGGCCUGGCCGACAUGGGCCCCUCAGCUGCAGCAGGUGGUGGUGGUGGUGGUGGUGGUGGUGGUGGUGGGGUGGGGCCCUCAGUGGAGGCCUCCCUGCAUGCGGCCGCCGCUGCCCUCGCGUCAGGCGCACCUUUCCCGCCGGACAUGGCUCAGCUGCUGGCCCAGCUCGCGUCGUCAACAUCGCCGGAGCAAAACCCACAGCAGCACCAGCAGCAUGUGCAGCACAUGGGCCAGCGGAUGGAGCAGCACCAGCAGCACCAGCACCAGCAGCAGCAACAACAUAACCCGCUACUGCUGCAUCACAGCAGCGGAAGCAGCGGCAUGCUGCCCCCUCGGGUGUCCCUGUCGUCCAUGGACGAACAGGUGACCAUGCUGCAUGGCAGUGCGGGGCCGGGCGCGGCGCUGGGCAUGCGGCGCGUCGUCUCGAGGGUCAGGUUCCUGCAGGACGAGCUAGGCAGCCCGGAGGGCGGCUCCGCCGCUACCGGCGGCGGCGGCGGAGGCAUGCCGGGCCGUCAUGGUAGUGACGGCGGUGCUGCAGGCCUGGGCAGCUUCGGAGGUCUGUCGGCCUACAACAGCGGCCAGAGUGGCUACUCGGGGUCGUUUGGCAACCUGCUGGCGGCGGGAGGCGGCGGCAUGGGAGGCCCCAUGGGAGGGCCUGGGAACUUGGGGGCUCUGGAUGCUUCUGCGGGGCUUAUGGCGGGAGCGGGCGGGAUGAUGAGUCAUCCUAACGCCGGCGGCGGCCCGGGUGCGGAUGGAGGUAUGGGUGCGGGGGGACUUGACGGCAGUGGCAUGCCGCUGAACCACGCUGGAGGCUGGCCUGUGGGUGGGCCCAUGUACGGUGCAGGCGGGGCGACCGCCUACCUGGGUAGCAGCUCCCUGGGAAGUGGCGGCGGCGGUGUGGGCGGCGGCGGGGGCGGGGGCCUGCCGCCAGGAUUGCGUCGCAACGGCGCAAGCAGCAACUUCCUGGCAGGACAGGGUAUGGCGGGUGGGGCGUCGCCGGCGCUUUCCGCCAGCCACUCGCAGCAGCACCUCGCGGCCAUGAGUGGUGGGGACCCUUGGUUGGGCGGGCAGCCUGUUGCGGGGGCGGUCCUGGGUGGAGCGCGCGGCCCCGGCAGCCACUUGGACCUGCAGGGCAUGGCUGCAGCUGAGCAGGCGGCAUCGCAGCAGCAGAGGAUGCGGGCGGGUCUAGCAGCGGCGUCCAACGAUCGCGGCGUUGGCGGAAUUAGGCUCCAUGAUGCCCUGGCGGCGUCUGGUGGAGAAAUGUGGAAUCUGGCGGAGGAGCCGACCCGUGGGUCGUCUCGCCAGCUCUGGUUGGGCAAUGUGCAUGCGGGCCUGCCUGCCGGACACCUCCAGGCGCUGUGCAGCCAGUUUGGCCCCGUGCUGGACGCCAUGGUGGCUCCAGGCACCCUGUCGGCUGUCGUACUCUUUGCCCGUGCUGAGGACGCCUCCCGCGCAGCGCAUGCACUGCACGGCCGCAGCGUCCCGAACCUGUCGUACGAAAGCAAGUCCCUGGUGAUCAAGUUUUGCAGCGUUGGGAGUCCCGACAACGGCGGCCAUCAUCAUCAGCAUCAUGGCGACCCCGGGUCGAUGACUGCUGGCGGCGCUGCUUCUGCUGGCGCUGGUGGCGGUGGUAGCGGUCUGGGGUUGCCGCCGGGUCUGGAGUCGGCACUCUCCAUGGCUGGCUUGGGCCCGGGUGCCCUCGAGGCCGCCAUGCGGGGGCUGCUGCCUCCGGAGCAGCAGCAAGCGCUGCAUGCAGUCCUCAUGCAGGCCGCAGCGGCGGGCAGCAGCAGCGACACCACCGGGGCCCCGCAGCCCUUGCCGGUGCCGCCGGGCAUGAUGGGCGUCGGCGAGACGGCGCCGACGUCACGCUCGGCGCCGCCGCCUCCGCUGCCUCACCGCAGCCUGGGCGCUGUGUCCUCCCUGUCCCACCCGCACCUGCACCACCUGCAUCACCCGCACGGGCACCACGGGGCCGUGGGGCAGCCCUCCAGGCUUGCCAGCUCGAGUGUGGGGGACUUUGCCGCUCUGCAGCACACCUCGGGGCAUCCGGGACAGAACCCUGGCGAGCAGCAGCAGCACCAGCACCAGCAGCACAACGGCAGCGGCGGCGGCGCCGGACCGUACGGCAGCAGCGUCGGUCACGAUGCGGAGCAUGGCGGCGACGGCAGCAGCGGCGGCGCCGGCGGGGGUAGCACGAGUGGCGAAGCGGAUGGCGGCGCGGGCGGCGGAAGCGGCGUGGGUGAGGGCGACAACGCGGUGGAUGUGCCGGAGGGCAAGCCCAGCAGGCACCUGUGGCUGGGCAACAUUCCGUUGAAGCCGAACAAGCUGGCCAUGGAGCUCCUGUUUGCCCGCUUCGGUCCGCUGGAGUCGGUGCGCGUGUUCCCGGGCAAGACGUUUGCCUUCGUCAACUUCCUGGCACCACAGCACGCCGUUGCGGCCAAGAUGGCACUAGACGGCCAGCCCGCCCCCUCCGUUACCGGCAGCAAGCCCAUGGUCAUUCGCUAUCAGAAGGACACCUCCACGGUGCCAGCCAACCUGGGCAUGUCGGCCAGCAAAUCCAUGAGCAGGUCGAGCUCCGCUCAGAACCUGACCGGCCUAACCGCCGCGGCGUCGCUGGUUCGGUUGCUUGAUGAGGAUAUGCCGCCCGAGCCCGCAGUCAACCUGUCGAACAAGCUCAACCCCAACAACAUCCACUACGACCGGGAGCUCGCGGCUCGCUACAAGCGAAUGAGCAAGGCAGAGAAGGAAGCCCUCUGGGCUCAAGACCGCGCCAUGCAAGCUCUGGGCGCCAAUGCCGCCGCGGCCGCCGUCAACGCCGGCGCCGCCGGACUCGCUGGCCUCCUGGAUCCCACCAACGCCGCCGCAGCCAGGCUCCUGGCUCAAGCUGGCCUCGGAAACCUCGCAGCCGGUCUCGGAGGUGGUCCCGGAAACGAGUUCCUGAUGCCCCGAGUCAUGUCGACGGGGGCGCUGGAUUACUUGGCGGCGGGCGGUGGCGUGGGCUCCGCUGCCACCAGCAACAGCGGCGCCGCCGGGAUGGGUGGAGGCGGAGGUGGGCACGGAGGUGGUGGGGGGUUGUUCAGGGUUGCCACCACGCAGAGCCUACUGGGCAUGCAGCAGGCGGCCAACGCGGCCAUGAUGCUACCCCACAUGGGCUCAGCGGCUUCGGCCGCGGCAGCGGGAGGGCUGCAGGGGCUGCUGACUCAGCACGGCUCUGCAGCCGCAGCGGCAGCCGCUGGCAUGGAAGGAGCCGCGGCGGCGCAAGCGCUGCAGCAGCAGCUGCAGGCUGCGCAGCAGCAGGCCGCGUUGCAGCAGCAGUUGCAGCAGCAAGCGGCCCUGCAGCAGCAGCUGCAGAGUUUCGCUGCUGCGGGAAGCGGAGCGGGUCAAACGCUGCUCAACAACCUAGCGGUAUCACAGGCCCUGGCCAACCUCAGCCUCACCGGGGGCAACUCCGCGCCUGCUUCAGCAGCGGCGGCGGCGGCGCAAGGAGCCGCCAUGCGCGCUGCAGCCGCUGCGGGCGCCAGCGGCGCCGCUGCCGCCCCCGGCGUCGCUGGCUCGGGGCUGGACUGGGCUUCCAUGCAGGCUGCGCUGGCCAACCUGGGCCUGGGCGGUGCGGGACCAAGCGCCGCCGCCGCGGCUGCAGCCGCCGCCGCGGUCCAAGGCCAGCAGCAGCAGAACGCGGCACUUGCAGCCCUGCUUCAGCAGCAGCAGCAGCAACAUCAGCUUUCCCAGCCGGCUGCAGCUCAGCAACAGCAACAGAGGAUGUCCGGUGCCGGCGGGGGCGUUAGCAACGCCGCGCUUGCAGCCGCCGUCGCCAACGCCUUUGGCGGCGACGCCGCCGCUAAGAUGUUGCCGCCGACAGCGCCAGGGGGCCGUAUGGUCGGCGUUGGCCAGCAACCCAGUCUCAAUCCUAGCCUCGCCGCCGCCGCAGCAGCAGGUCUCAUGGACCCUGCCACGGCGGCGCUGAUGGGAGGGUUGCAGGGCAUGGGCGGGGGCGCGGGCGGUGCAUCUGCCGCUGCUGCCGCUGCAGGCAUGAUGCCGGCAGCUGCCUCAGGGGCGGCAACAGCGGCGUCCCGGCCGCCUGGCCUGGGUGGUCCGUUCAAGCAGCUGCCACCUAGCUUCAUGUGUCCGCUGACACGGACCCUGAUGUCGGAUCCCGUGGUGGCUGCGGAUGGCAUUACCUACAACCGACCUGCAAUUGCGGAUUGGCUUCGACAGCACGACGCUUCGCCCGUCACUCGCCAGCCGCUGGCAAACAAGAUGCUCACGCCCAACGUGGCCCUGCGGAAUGCCAUUCUUGCGGAACUGGGUUACCCCGCCGGGUCGGCUUGAUGAUGAAAGGUCUGGCAUAAAUUGUGCUAGGCCUACGAGGUACCUCGGGUUAUUUGAGGUGUCUUGAUGGAGCUUCAACCUGCCGGCUGUUACAGUAUGUCGGCUUUGGCUUAUGCUUGCGCUGUUUGAGUUUGAGCCGGUGCUGCUUUUGGCCCUUUUGAUUAUAUGUCUUUUGCUCGCCCUGUUGGUUUAAUGCCCGCUUGACCGGCUGGUCCGGAUGGCUGGGCUUUGUUGAAGGUCCUGCGCCUAGUAUGAGGUCGAUUGUGGACGGGGGUGUGGUUGGGGAUGGCUGGAGGUGCGCGGAGCUCGUUCGAUGUCGGAGUGAUAGCGGCAGGGCCUUGGGUUUGUUGUGUUUGUCGUUGCGAUUGUUGCGGCGGUUGCUGCUCCGUUGCGGUGUGUAAAGCGUCAAGGUGUAUAAAUUGUCUGCGGGGAAAGCGUGGGUGUGAUUCCGGAAAGCGUAUAAGGACAUUCGGUUACGCUUGCUGGUGCGGAAUCAAGGCUCUCCCGAUGGGUUGCUUCUUCACGGCUAUAGAUGGCUAGGUCGGAGCCUUUCGAUGCCCGGACGAAUGGACGUCGGACGGGGGCGGAGAAUGCCAGGUGAUGGGAUAUCUAGCUGGGAGGGUGUUUGAGCCGUAUAUCUUUGCGCGGCGGCGGGGGCGGGCAGGGCAGGGACCCUAAAAGAAAGGCGGCGGCGGUUUGAGUCUAUGGUGGAAUGCGGCGGCGCGUCUUCCAGCAUCGUAAGCCGCAGGCAAGAAUAAGUUUCAAUGAUGACGGGAGCGACGGUCGCAUGGCUAGUUCCAAAUUAGCAACCCCCGCCAUGCCAUCAACCGAAGCCUAGCCUUUCGGCCCCGACCGCGCCCUUCCCGCCCUGCGGCGUGAAGGCCAGAGGGGUUAUCUUAUUCACUAGGUUGUGGGCUUUAGAUGACUCACCGGCUCAAGCUCUGGUGUGGUUAUUUCCCGUGGCUCUAUUGCCGCUUUUCGGUUCUCAGGGCUUGCACCACAUGCACGGUCUGUACGGUUCUAAUUUGUGUCGGUGUAUGCUGGCCCUACACAGCAGCGGCUGGGUUGUCGCUAGCGGCAGAUACUCAUGUGGUGUACGGUAAUCCAUCUCUUCAGUAAAAAUAAGUUUUUUCCGAUCGGAAAUAGUAUGCCCUUUCCUGGCGGCGUUUUGCCUGGUGUGGACUAGACUUGGAGAAUGGGCACCCUUCUAGGGCCUCUGAUGAUAAAUACGGCGACAUGUGAGUUACGGAACAAUAUGGGGACGGAACCGACCCAUAGCCCACUAUUGGGCUUGUGUGGUGCUGUAUCAGGAUUCCCUCCGAAACCCUCGCGUCGUUGGAAAUGGAACGCUUGCGGCGGCGUUGUGUGGUGCUCUCCUGAAGCUGGUUGUGUAAGGAUUCGUGGAACGGGCUAGCGGCUUGGGCCCGGUUCUGGUUUGACACGCUGCGGUGGUAUCUCGGGUAACCAAAGUAUGGCGCCAACCGCACCCUCGCGGCAAGCCGGAGGAGUUGCCCAGGAUUAGGGCUUGUGUGCGUGACGUGGUUUGUGCCUGAAGAGGGAGGCUGAGGUGAAAGGGCCAUUGGGCGUCGGGCCAUUGGCCGCUUACAGGCGCGAAAGAGGUGCUGCUGGUCGUCGGGAUUGACGAGGGAUUAAUUUUGGAGUUAUACUUCCACCUCCGGGCAUCGGGCGGUGUUUUGCUGGUUACGGUCACAUGCAGGCACGGAAACAAGGUCUGGGUGUUUCGACGGAUACCGGUAACGGCGGGUUCAGUUAUGGUUUGAAAGGAAGGUGGAUUGACGUCUCUCCUGCUCUGGAAACGGUUGAAGCAAACGUCUUGCGGCCUCGAGUAUACGAGCACGAUCCUGGGGCUCCUCGGCUAAAAGGCGUUUUAAAGAACAGAUGCUCUGUGCCUCUCCUUGAGCAUCUUGGUCGUCCACUGUAAACAGCCAGGUGGGCU